AUGGAAAAGGUGGCGGCUGUAGGUAAUACAAGACAGAUCUACAGACUAAUAAAAGAAACUGGAAUUAAUAAGUCAAGUGUAAGUCAGACUAUUUCGGAAAAAGACGACACCCUCAUCUGCUCUCAGUCCAGACGUUUAGAACGAUGGGCGGAACAUUUUAAGGGGCAGUUCAGCUGGCCUCCAGCUACUCUACAACUACCCACCAUUUCCAGACAGCCUGAAUGGAACAUUGAAGUAGGUCCCCCGACUCUAGUUGAAGUUCAAAAGGCUAUAGAUAAUCUGAAACGAGGAAGAGAAGCUGGUCCAGAUGGAUUGGCUACAGAGGUCUUUAAGGAUGGUGGUCCAAUUUUAGCGAUUAGGUUGACUAAUAUUUUAGCUAAAAUCUGGGAGUUGGACGUAAUCCCAUCUUAUUGGUCACAAUCACUGAUUGUCUCAAUAUAUAAAAAGGGGUCAAAAUCAUCCUGUGAUAACCAUAGAGGGAUCAGUUUGAUUAACAUAGCAUCUAAAAUACUAGCUUCAAUAAUUAUCGGACGCCUAACUAAGACUCGUGAACUGCAAACACGAGAAAAUCAGGCUGGCUUCAGAUCUGAUCGUGACUGCAUCGGCCACAUAUCCAUCAUUCGUCAGGUUCUAGAAUACAGGCAUGCUUAUCAGCGUCCUACAAUGAUAGUUUUUCUUGACUUGAAAGCAGCAUUUGACUCUGUAGACCGAGAGGUUCUGUGGUAG